CUAUGAUUGGGACGAGUGCGCCUGCGCGAUCAGCUGAACACCGAGGUGUGUCUGACUGUCUGUCCGAGACAACAUGGCGGCCUCCAUAAUGUACAGCCGGCUGUCAACAGGGCUGAGGAACCGGGCGCCCCGGGCUGCGCUGGCCUGUGCUGCACAGGUUCUCAGCGGAUUCCCUGGCCUGUUUGGGUUACAAGCACAGCAGCACAGAAACUUAUCCCUGCAUGAGUAUCUCAGCAUGGGUCUUCUUAAAGAUGCAGGUAUCGCCAUACCAAAAGGUUAUGUAGCAGAAACGCCGGAACAAGCUUUUACUGUUGCUAAAGAAAUAGGUUCAAAGGAUUUGGUAGUGAAAGCGCAAGUGUUGGCUGGCGGCAGAGGCAAGGGAUCCUUUGAAGGUGGCCUGAAAGGAGGAGUGAAGAUUGUCUACUCUCCAGAAGAAGCCAAAGCCAUUUCUUCACAGAUGAUUGGGAAGAAGCUGUUUACGAAACAGACAGGAGAAAAGGGCAGAAUAUGUAACCAUGUAUUCAUCUGUGAGCGCAGGUAUCCCAGGAGGGAGUAUUACUUCGCAAUUACCAUGGAAAGGUCAUUUCAAGGUCCUGUGCUGAUUGGAAGUUCUCAAGGCGGAGUCAAUAUCGAAGAUGUUGCUGCUGAAAACCCCGACGCUAUCGUCAAAGAGCCAAUUGAUAUUAUAGAAGGCAUUAAAAAGGAACAAGCUAUUAGGCUUGCAGAGAAAAUGGGCUUCCCAGAGAACAUUUUAGAUGAGGCUGCGGAUUGCAUGAUCAAUUUGUAUAAUCUCUUCAUGAAGUACGAUGCCACAAUGGUGGAAAUCAAUCCCAUGGUAGAAGAUGCAUCAGGAAUAGUGAUGUGCAUGGAUGCAAAGAUAAAUUUUGACACGAAUGCAGCAUAUCGUCAAAAGAUGAUUUUUGAUCUCCGAGACUGGUCACAGGAAGAUGAACGAGACCAACAAGCGGCAAAAGCUGACCUCAACUACAUCGGCCUGGAUGGAAAUAUUGGGUGCCUUGUGAAUGGCGCUGGCCUGGCCAUGGCAACAAUGGAUAUAAUAAAACUACAUGGUGGGACUCCGGCAAACUUCUUAGAUGUUGGUGGUGGUGCCACUGUCCACCAAGUAACAGAAGCUUUUAGACUCAUCACGUCUGAUAAGAAGGUUCUGGCAAUCCUGGUUAAUAUUUUUGGUGGGAUUAUGAGAUGUGAUGUAAUUGCACAAGGCAUCAUAAUGGCUGUAAAGGAUCUGGAACUUAGGAUACCUAUCGUGGUCCGUUUGCAAGGUACACGAGUUGAUGAUGCUAAAGCACUGAUAACCGCCAGUGGUCUGAAAAUUCUUGCAUGCGAUGAUCUGGAUGAAGCCGCAAAAAUGGUUGUAAAACUCUCAGAAAUUGUCACCUUGGCAAAACAAGCGCAAGUGGAUGUGAAGUUCCAGUUACCGAUAUAAUGCUGCUGUGGUGCUUUGUUGAAUUGGAAAUUCGUGUUUAUUUACUUUCUCUUGUUUAGGUUUUAAUUAAAUGCCUAAAAUACUUUCAAAUGGUUCGCGUUUAAACAGAGUUGCUGCUUUGGAAAUCAGUAACACGUCACAUAUAUAUAUUGACAGUAUUUUUACAUUCUGAAUUUUGCAGUGGAAUUUGUGGGCCUAAUUCAGAGUUGAUUGCAGCAGCAAAUUUGUUAGCAGUUGUGCAAAACCAUGUGCAUUGCAGGGGGGGCAGAUUUAACAUAUGCAGAGAGAGUUAGAUUUGGGUGGGGUGUGUUCAAACUGAAAUCUAAAUUACAGUGUAAAAAAUAAAGCAGCCAGUAUUUACCUUGCACAGAAACAAUAUAACCCACCCAAAUCUAAAUCUCUCUGCAAAUGUUAUAUCUGCCACACCUGCAGUGCACAUGGUUUUGCCCAACCGCUAACAAAUUUGCUGCUGCAAUCAACUCUGAAUUACCCCCUAUGUCCACUUUUUAUAGUUGACAAAACUAUAGCUUAAAUGUCACUUGUUCCUUAUUGUCCAGUGCCCACCAGUAGUUCUCAUCAAAAGUUGCAUAGCUAUAAUUGUACUUUGAAGGGGUUUGUAAGUGGAAAUAAUUUUCCUUUGUAUCUCCUGCUACGUUAAUGAUCUACAGCACUGUAUGUUCCAACAGCAAUUUGGUCUAAGCGGAAGACUUUGUUUGGCAGUGAAAUAUUGAAUGUAUUCAUGUAGGAACAUAUUGUAUUUUUGCUAUAGUUUUGUUUAAAGCAUUUGCUCGCAAUAUAGAUAAAUGUACAUACAUACAGUAGCAACUAGAUUGUGAUCCAAUGCUUGUUCAUUAUUUUCAUUGUCCAUGUUACACCAUGCCUGGCAGAACAGCCAUAUAUGUGUGCACAAACAACCAAUAAAGCCAUAGUUAAGAUUAAA